AUGGCACCUCCAGUCACCGCCAGAUAUGACUGGAUCCUCGCCAUCACAACCAUUGCCUUUGUCUUCAGCUCUUUCGGCAAUGGAGCCAACGAUGUCGCCAACAGCUAUGCAACCUCCGUGGCAGCCCGAACCCUUACCAUGCCACAAGUCGGUUUCCUCUCCAUGAUCACCGAAUUCGUCGGUGCUGUCGGUCUCGGUGCUCGUGUCACUAGCACAAUCAAGAAUGGUAUCAUCAGCAUCAGCCGUUUCGAAGGUCGUCCCGGUGUGUUGAUGUUGGCCAUGGGCUGUGCUGAAGUCGGUAGCGCGACGUGGUUGAUGGUUGCCACCGGUCUGGGAUUCCCCGUUUCAACCACUCAAACAGUCGUCGGUGCCCUGAUUGGCGUCGGCUUUGCUUCCGACUCGUCCAUCAAAUGGGCCUGGGAAAAAGGCAGCGUGUCGCAAGUUGCAGCUUCCUGGGCCAUUGCACCUUUGAUUUCCGCGGGAUUUUCUGCCUUGGUCUUCGGUAUCGUCAAGUACAGCGUGCUCGAGCAAAAAGAGUCUUUCAAGUGGGCGAUGAGACUCAUUCCCUUCUACUUCGCCACCACCGCAGCAAUCCUCGCUCUUUUCAUCGUCGUCGAAGCCCCGACGGCUCCUUCCUUGGAGGAAUUCGGCGCCGGAAAGGCCGUGGGUAUCAUCCUCGGAGUGUGGGCGGGAGUCCUUCUUAUCGCCUAUGUCUUCUUCAUGCCCUAUUUCGAGCGCCGCCUCGUCAAAGAAGACCCUCGCGUCAAAUUCUACCACGUCCCUCUCGGUCCUCUCCUCCGCAAGGAUAACCCUCCAUUAUAUUUUCCGGGCAAGAAAGACGGAAAAUAUGUGAUCGACUAUUACGAGGAUCCAUAUGCCGAGACAGACUUGAAUUCCGAGAGGACGACGAACGAGAAGCAUGUUUCGAGUGGUGAUGCAGAACCGGUUCCCAUUGAAGAUACCUCUGGAUUGGAGAAAGGUCAGCCCAUGCCGACUGGGACCGAAGGUGCUGUUGUUCGCAAGAGACCCCUCACACCCCAUGAGCGAUUCCUUGAUCCCGUCCGUCAUCUCAACUGGGCAAAUCCACAGCGCUGGUGGGGAUAUGCAAAGUUCGCCCUUUUGCAAGGUGUCACUCGUGACUGCGUUACUCACGAUUCGGCCAAGCUGCGCGAAGUUCACGCCAAAGCCCACAAAUACGAUGUCCGAGUCGAGCAUCUGUGGACCUACUGUCAAGUGGCCUCAGCAAUGUUGAUGUCUAUUGCCCAUGGUAGCAAUGACGUUGCCAAUGCUGUUGGGCCUUGGGCAGCAACUUAUCAAACCUACCAAGCCGGUGAAGUUGACACCCAAUCUGACACACCAGUUUGGUUCUUGGUGAUUGCUGGGUUCCUUCUCGGUGCCGGAUUUUGGUUCUAUGGAUACCACAUCAUACGAGCCCUUGGGAAUAAGAUCACGCAAAUGUCGCCGACUCGAGGAUUCAGUGUUGAACUGGGCGCUGCCAUUACCGUCCUGCUCGCAUCUCGACUCGGACUUCCGGUCAGUACAACCCAAUGUCUGACUGGUUCUACCAUGGGGGUUGCGCUCAUGAACUACGACCUUGGGGCUGUAAACUGGAGGCAGUUAGUCUUCAUCUUCUGCGGAUGGGUGUUGACCUUGCCUUGCGCUGGAUUGCUGUCUGGACUGUUGUGUGUGAUGGCUCUUAAUGCACCUUCUUUCUAA